AUGGAGAUGACAGAGUUUGUCAAAUCAGAGAUUCCUUUCUCUUUUAAGGCUAUUCCACCAGUUGGUUGGGCCCUCACUAACAUUAUCUGCUUAGCAACAGGGAAUGAGAAUGAAUCCUUCAAUCAAGGUUUAGACCAUGCAUUGUAUGUCCGUGUUGUUAUUACAUUAGCCGAGGCUCUACUGGCUUGUCUUGAUAAUAUUGGAUGGGUCAGAAAGAAAAAGAAAGCCUUUCAAACUGAUGUUGAAAGUUCAACACAGCCAGUUGAUGCAGUUCAGCACGAGGGUGAAGAAACCAAUGAAUCCUUAAUAUUGUCAUACAUGGAUCAAUUUAGGCCUGUUUGUCAGCAGUGGCAUCUCAAAAUUCUUUUGGCAUCAAUUGAUGGAGAUUCCAUUAACAAGGCUGAGACUGUGCUAGAACUCUGUGAUGUUGCACUUUUUUAUUCUAACCUACUUAGAAUAUUUUCAGUCUUGAGUCCAAUUCGUGCCUCAUUAUCAGUUCUCAACAUGCUAUCAUUCACUCCAGGAUUUCUUUUGAGGUUAUGGAGUGUACUGGAGGGUUCCUUUUUCUCUGGAGACAAAUAUAAUUCUGAUAGUCACACAAGUGAAAACAGAAAACAUAAAGCCUUUGAGAAGAUGCACAAACAUGUCAGCAAAGACGGGGUUAAUAAGUGGGUCAAUGUACUUCAUAAAUUUACAGGUAUGUCACGAGCAGCAACAGAGUGCACUGAUUUUAUUGGCAGUCACUCUGAGCCUAGCAGAGUAGAUGAGGAUUCAUCAGAUAUAUGGGACAUAGAACCUAUGAGGCAUGGACCACAAGGCAUUCCAAAGGAUAUGUUUGCUGUGCUUCAUCUCUUCUGUGCGGCCUAUUCUCACCUGCUUUUAGUUCUUGAUGACAUAGAGUUCUAUGAGAAACAGGUUCCAUUCAAAAUAGAGCAGCAAAGAAGAAUUGCAUCAAUGCUAAAUACCCUUGUUUAUAAUGGCUUGUCUCAUGUUAGUGGUCAUCAUAAUAGGCCUCUCAUGGAUUGCGCUGUCAGAUGCUUACAUUUACUGUAUGAAAGGGAUUGCAGACACCCAUUUUGCCCCCCUGCUUUGUGGCUUUCUCCUGCUAGAAGGAGUCGGCCACCAAUUGCAGUCGCUGCCAGAACUCAUGAAGUUUUAGUAGCGAACCUGAAAUAUGACGAUUCAUCAGCCUUAUUGAGUGCAGGUUCUGUUGUCACCAUUGUUCCUCACAUUUUCCCUUUUGAGGAAAGAAGGGUAAGAGUUGAGAUGUUUCGUGAAUUCAUCAAGAUGGAUAAAGCAUCUCGAAAAAUGGCUGGUGAAAUUUCUGAACCUGGUUCACGAGCCAUUGAGAUUGUAGUACGUCGGGGUCAUGUUGUUGAAGAUGGAUUUCGGCAAUUAAAUUCCCUUGGGUCAAGGUUGAAGUCAUCUAUCCAUGUAUCAUUUGUUAGUGAAUGUGGUCUUCUUGAAGCUGGCCUGGACUAUGGUGGAUUAUCUAAAGAGUUUCUGACUGACUUAUCAAAAGCAGCAUUUGCUCCCGAAUAUGGACUCUUUUCCCAAACCUCAACUUCAGACAGGCUUCUAAUUCCAACUGCAUCUGCUAGAUAUUUGGAGAAUGGUCUUCAGAUGAUUGAGUUCCUUGGAAGAGUAGUGGGGAAAGCUCUAUAUGAAGGAAUAUUACUCGAUUACUCUUUCUCCCAUGUUUUUGUACAAAAGCUUUUGGGACGUUAUAGCUUUCUUGAUGAAUUAUCAACCCUUGAUCCAGAGCUAUACAGAAAUCUUAUGUAUGUCAAGAAUUAUGAUGGUGAUGUCAUGGAGCUCUGUCUUGAUUUCACAGUUACUGAAGAAUCAUUGGGCAAAAGGUAUGUGGUUGAACUUAAGUCUGGUGGCAAAGAUAUUUAUGUGACGAAUGAGAACAAGAUGCAGUACAUGCAUGCAAUGGCAGACUAUAAACUCAACCAACAGAUGUUGCCCUUUUCAAAUGCGUUUUAUAGAGGGUUAACUGAUCUUAUAUCUCCAUCCUGGUUGAAGUUAUUCAAUGCUAGUGAAUUUAAUCAGUUGCUUUCAGGUGGGAAUUAUGAUAUUGAUGUUGAUGAUCUGAAAGAUAACACACGAUACACGGGUGGUUACAAUGAGGGAAGCCGUACAAUCAAGAUUUUUUGGGAGGUAGUUAAAGGCUUUGAACCUGAAGAGCGUUGUUUGCUUCUCAAAUUUGUCACCAGUUGUUCUCGUGCUCCAUUACUUGGGUUCAAAUACUUGCAGCCACCAUUUACCAUCCACAAGGUUGCUUGCGAUGUUCCUCUUUGGGCAACAAUUGGAGGACAAGAUGUAGAUCGGCUUCCAUCAGCUUCAACCUGCUACAAUACACUCAAGCUUCCAACAUACAAACGUCCAGGCACCUUGAGAGCAAAGCUUCUAUAUGCUAUCAGUUCAAAUGCCGGAUUUGAACUUUCUUGA